AUGGUGCUGUGGGCGUUCGGGGCCCUGCUGCUGUCACCGUACAUCUACACAGACUCAGACGCCUCUGGUGAUUGGACGGUGGAUUUGGAGGAGCGGUCUAAACUUUUGUCAGACUCCGAUCAGCUUCUUUACCGACGCCACACGGCGUUAUCUCGUAGGAAACGAGACGUUCUGUUUCCCAGCGGAGUCAAGAUGUGCACUCAGGAGACCGUGGACCAGGCGGUCGCCAACCACCUCAACUAUUUCCACCUGAGAGUGUGUCAGGAGACCGUGUGGGAGGCCUAUAAGAUCUUUUGGGACCGCCUCCCCGAGCGUGAUGAGUAUCAGGAUUGGGUGAGUCGCUGUAUGGACGGAUCAAUAAGCGUCAUGGACAUCGGGAGCUUCUUCAGCCAAUCAGAGGAGCACGCUGACCUCAUCAGGAGUAGAGUGGGGAAGGUGGCCGAGAUGAGCAGCUCUGAAACACAAACUGAAGACACGAGAGGAGGAGCUCUAAGUGAAGCAGGGGAAGAAGAGAUCUUGGACCUUCCUCCAGGCUUUGGCCUGACAGCUUGGACUCCGCCCUUCUCUCCAUCUGAAGGACCAAUAACAUUGUCUCCUGAUGAACCUGUGGAUCUGACCGCUGUUCCUGCGGCCGCCGUCGGCUCUGUCGGGGUCAUGGAGGAAGAGGACGGAGACAUAAGAGUUCCAGAAACAUCAGACAACAAGGUUUCAGUGUACAAAGGGAUUGUCCCUGAAGAUGUGGGUGUUCUGAGUCCUGAUGGGAUCAAGGAAGCAACUCCUGAAGGGGAGGAGCCUCCAUCAGAGGUCGCUGUGAAAGAAGUUGUCACUCAAGCUGCUGUGGUGGUUCUUCUUAAACCCACCAGAUUCCCUGAUUCUGAGUCGGUCACAGCUGCAGUGUCAGGUCAGCCGGUGUCUCCCAAACCUGCUGCUGAAGCUCCAGCUGAAGGCGUGACCAAGCUGUGGACCGAGGAGCGAGCUGAAGAUGGUCAGACCUCUGGGAAACAGGAAGACCAAUCAGAUGUUUCUGAAGCUGCUGAAGAGACGACAGUGACUGAUGUGGACCAGCUGGAUGAGAAUGUCAUUGAUGAGACGGCAGAGGAGGACAUGGAAGAACAAGAAGAACCUCUUCAAGAAACAGUAAUCACGUAUGAAGGACCGCUAACACCAGCUGACAACACGCAGGCUCCAGGAGAACCCACUGAAGGAGUAGAACCAGCUGAGACACCAGGAGAACCAGCAGAGGUAGGAGAACCAGCUGAGACACCAGGAGAACCAGCAGAGGUAGGAGAACCAGCUGAGACACCAGGAGAACCCACUGAAGGAGUAGAACCUGCUGAGACUCCAGGAGAACCCACUGAAGGAGUAGAACCAGCUGAGACAACAGGAGAACCCACUGAAGGAGUAGAACCAGCUGAGACUCCAGGAGAACCCACUGAAGGAGUAGAACCUGCUGAGACAACAGGAGAACCCACUGAAGGAGUAGAACCAGCUGAGACUCCAGGAGACCCCACUGAAGGAGUAGAACCAGCUGAAACUCCAGGAGAACCCACUGAAGGAGUAGAACCAGCUGAGACACCAGGAGAACCCACUGAAGGAGGAGAACCAGCUGAGACACCAGGAGAACCCACUGAAGGACUAGAACCAGCUGAGACAACAGGAGAACCCACUGAAGGAGUAGAACCAGCUGAGACUCCAGGAGACCCCACUGAACGAGUAGAACAUGCUGAGACAACAGGAGAAUCCACUGAAGGACUAGAACCAGCUGAGACUCCAGGAGACCCCAAUGAAGGAGUAGAACCAGCUGAGACACCAGGAGAACCUGAAGAAGAAGAGGGAAUGGAUGUUACUGAACCUGCAGAGGAGGUGGUUACAGAACCAGAGUCUGAAGGAGAGACUGUAGAGACUGUGGAGCCGAAAGAACCAGAACCUGAAACAGAACAUGUGAGAGAACCUCCAACAGAGACAGAAAACACAGAUGAACCGGAAGUUUUGACCAAUGAGGAGAAAGCAGAUCCUGCCGUACCAUCUGAGGAGAAGUCCCAGGAAGUAGAAAUUUUCAAACCAGAUGCAGCCAAAGUUUUCAUCCCAGAGACUCAUCCAGAGUAUGAUGAAGACCUCACCCCAGUCGUCAUAGUGGUUCCCGAGGACUCAGAGGGAUUACUUCCUGAGACUGAGGAGGAGGAAACACCUGAACCACAGGUAAAGCUGGAACAUCCAGAACCCUCAGAGGAAGUACUACCACCAGAGAGCAGCGAGGAGGAGCCAACACAGGAAGCUGAAUGGUUCUCCCAGGCUCCAAGUGAAGACAGGACUCGUGUUGAUCCAGAGACCGAUGUGGGAGGAGCUGAACUUGUCCAGGAGGUCACACCUGAUGAAGGUGGAGUGCAAAGUGUCCAUGUUGUCUCAGAGAGCAUCCCUUCUGAUGACGAUAACGAGAUCCUGACCGAGGCUCCUACAGACGACGCAUCUCUUCAUGAAGUCACUUCGGAUGCCCUACCAGAAGAGCCCACCCCCGGGGUCUCUGAGGAGCUGACCACCAGGAACAUCGUGGAGGACGAUGCCAGCAACAUCCCUGAGCUGACCGACGAGGUGGACCAAGACUUACUGGGAAACAACGGCUUUAGACUGGAGCAAGAGACAGCCAGCUCUAUUGGAAACGAGAUCGACAACACCAUGCUGUGGCCCCCUCGACUUCUGAAGGACCACGUGGUGGACCUGAGUAUCAAGCUGAGAGGAGAAACAUACCACGACGCCCUGAGAGACCCAGGCAGCUUCCAGUACCAGCAGCUCGCCAGACACUUCACACGCAGGGUUGAAGACGCUUUCGAGAGGCUGCCAGGCUUCAAGAAGGUCCAAAUCCUGGAGUUCAGGCCACAGAAGGACCUGGAGAGCCGCCGCAGGAUUACUCAUCCUUACCCUCCUUUUAAAGUGCGCUGCUGUUUUGAUCUGACUCCUCUUUUCAGGGGUCUGGUGGUCCUGGUUCACUAUGCUCUGACUCUGGAGGUGGACAGCGGUGGCGGCGUCGUCAACGACACGUUAGACUUCAUCUCUCUGCAGAAUACCCUGGUGGAGAAGAACUAUCCCACGGCCCCCGAGCAGCCCACCGUGGUCUACACCAUCACCGACUUCAGGAACUACAUCACUGAGGCACUGCACAAAGACAACUUCAUGAGCAACAGCAGCCUAGGGACGCAGGAGGAGAACGUGGAGAACUUGUUACCUGAUGUGAAACCGACCAGCCGGACUGACCACGCCCACAACAACAUGGAUAACGUCCUUGCUGCAGAGCGCCCUCCUGACGCUCCGAGUCACGAGCCCGACAGCAGCCCGGUCUUCCUGAAGAAAGAGGACUUCCUGUUUGAUCCCUUGGACCCGUGGAAAGGCGUUCCAAGCGUGGAGGUCAGCGAGAAUGAUGUCUUCAUGUUUGACGAGAGCGCGGCUCCUCCCACUGCCGGCGAGCAGAGCGUGGACCCGGAGGCGGCGGCUCCAGAGCAUCCUGUGAACGUUGAAGAUGAAGGCUUCCUCCUCAACAACGCUGCAGAGGACCAACACCCCCACGGGGACCACAUGCUGAGUCCUGCCACCCCCCCUCUGCUGGUUAAACCAGACUCUGACGUGGACCAGGGAUCGGGCUCUGGUUUCUCUGGAGAUGGCCCAGGAUAUGAUGUGUGGUCGUGGCGUGCUGCAGAGGCCUCUGAACUCUCUGAGGAUGAUGGCGAUGGCAACCUGGAGGAGACCGAGGACCUGGAGGAGACUGAGGACCUGGAGGAGACCGAGGACCUGGAGGAGACCGAGGACCUGGAGGAGACCGAGGACUUGGAGGAGACCGAGGACCUGGAGGAGACCGAGGACCUGGAGGAGACCGAGGACCUGGAGGAGACUGAGGACCUGGAGGCUGCUGGGUCAGAGCCUCUAACCAAUGAGGAGGAGGAUUUCGUGACUCCACCUCUGCAGACAUCACUUCCUGUUUUAAAGGAGUCUGUGCCAGACCAGGGCUUUGCCAAACCGGACCUGGACCAGGUUCUGAUUACACCCCACAUCAGCACUGCCCCUCGAUACUCUACAACCACUGAAGCCCCGGUGUUCUCACCUGAAGGAACUAUGGCAUCAGUGCAGCCUGUGGAGGCGUCUGGUAUCUAUGACGACUACUCUCUUUUAGGACCAGAGACACCCGGGGUCACUGAGGAUCCUGAACCUGAAUUUUGGACUCCUGAGACUCCUGUUUAUGCAGAUCCCACUGAGGGGGCACCAGCAGAGCUUCUGUUAGCAGGAGAGUCUACAGAGGAGAAAGAUGUUCCUGAAGAGGAAACAGAUCCUCCUUCUGACUCUAGUCCAGACCUUGUCCCUGAACAAACACCAGACAGACCAGAGUCUGAGGACCACAACGAGGUGGAGGUUUUGGAUGAGCAGCACAUCGGAGUCUCUGAUCCUGAGACGACUCCAGGUCCAACGCUCAUCCAGGACCAGGACUUGAUGGAGGAUGAGGUCAUUGUGGUCACCAUGACGACUGCUGCUCCGCCCCUCGUGUCCUCUGUCGGUUUAGACCACGGCAUCGAACACUCGCCUGAAAAGGACUCACCUUUCACUCGAGUGUCUGAUGCGGCUCCAGAGGACGAGGACCUGGUUCACCAAGAUCCCCCAAACCACGAGGACAACGACAGAGUCCCAGUCAGUCGUCUAAUCACAGACCUCCCUCUGCUGAUCGCAAACGACUCUGAAGAUUCUCCUGAGUCACCAGGUGUGAGGGACCAUGAUCUGGUUACCAUGGUGACGGAUUCUCCUGAAACUGAGUCAGAUAACGAGAUUCUCCAAACGUCUUCCAGUCAGAGAGUCAACCACACCAGAAUCCACCCGAUGGACUUUGAUUAUCCCGACAUGCCCGCCAUCGAUGUCAGCUUCGACGUGUUCCCGUACGGCGUCGGGGGGGCGACGGAGAGCGACAGCAGCGGGUUCUCCAGUGGGACUCAGGGAUCUGAAGGCUACGCCAUAGCAGUACCGACCCCGCCGGCCGGCAGAGACCUGAUGGUGUUCUUCAGGCUCCGUGUGACCAACAUGGCGUUCUCCAUGGACCUUUUCAACAAGAGCUCGUCUGAGUACAAAGCUCUGGAGCAACGCUUCCUCCAGCUGCUCGUCCCCUACCUUCAGUCCAACCUCAACAACUUCCAGAACCUGGAGAUCCUGAACUUCAGGAACGGCAGCAUCGUGGUGAACAGCAGGAUGAGGUUCGGUAAACCGGUCCCCAGCGGGGUCACCAACGUGGUCUACCUCAUCCUGGAGGACUUCGCUAACACUGCCUACCAGACCAUGAACCUCGCCAUCGACAAGUAUUCUCUGGACGUGGAGUCAGGUGAUCGGGCCGACCCGUGUAAGUUCCAGGCGUGUAACGAGUUUUCCAGGUGUAUGGUCAAUCAGUGGUCAGGGGAGGCUGAAUGUGUCUGUGACCCCGGGUACCUAAGUGUGGACGGCCUGCCGUGUCAGAGCGUCUGCGAGGUGCAGAGCGACUUCUGCCUCAAUGACGGCAAGUGUGACAUCAUCACAGGCAAGGGCGCCAUCUGCAGGUGUCGUGUUGGGGAGAACUGGUGGUACCGUGGUGAACACUGUGAGGAGUACGUUUCUGAGCCACUGGUGGUCGGCAUCGCCAUUGUCUCGGUGGUUGGGUUCCUGCUGGUGGCUGGAGGAAUCAUCUUCUUCCUGGCCCGGACGCUGCGAGAGCAGUACGAUGGCGAGGACAGCGAGGAUCCGCUGAGACGGGGUGACAGUGUGCCCACGCUGGAGCGAGCCACCAAGUUUAACCCCAUGUUUGAGAGCGACCAAGUCUCCGCUCAGUACUACCGUCGCUAUGACGACGAGGCGCUGCAGUUCAGCAGCUCGGUUAGCACCGACGUCAUGAAAGACCUGAGCAGUGAGGAGAUUCAACAAAUCUACCAGAACACCACGCUCAGUAAAGAGGAGAUCCAGGAGCGUCUGAGGAUCAUUGAGCUGUGCUCCAGAGAUCAGCACUUUGCCCACUUUGUGCGACAGACUCAAGUAUUCCUGGAGAGGAGAGGAAGCUCGACCACAUAAACAGCC